AUGGCAACGCCAGUGUCCGUCGGCCAGCCAAGAGGCGGCGGCGGAUUUCCCGCUGCAACCAAUGGCUUUUCGCAUCACCAUCACCAGAAUCCCGGCGCUGGUCCGAGUUCGCAGCAACAGCAGCAUCAUCAGCAGCCGCAGGGUCAACAGCAGCCACAGCAGUCGGCGGGGAAUCUGCAAAGUGGCACUGGUGGGGGGACGACACAGACGUCGAGAGAUGUUAAUGAAAUCCUGCAAACAGAGCUUGGUCUGAAUGCACUACUCUCAAAGUUGAAGGAGUCCGCGAUAUCUGCGAGGGACUUCGCAGGCUUCCUCAAGAAGCGUGCACAAAUCGAAGAAGACCAUGCUGCUGGCCUAAAGAAACUAUGCCGCGUAACCCACGAUACCAUCCACCGCGAACCGGGCCCUCGGCGAGGUACUCUCAUGAAGGGUCUCCAGGAAUCAAAUCGAAUCCAUGAUAGCUUGGCCGACAAUGGGGUCGCAUUUGCAGCAGCACUUAAUACCAUGUCCGAGGAACUUACUGAACUAUCGAAUAAUAUCGAGGCCGGACGGAAGCAAUGGAAGAAUGUUGUUGCGGGUUCGGAGAAGAAGGGUCCUAAUUCUUACCAUGAGAUGGAGAAGGCGAGGGGUAAAGUCGAUUCUGCAGCGAAGGAGUAUGAGAACGCUAGGAAUGGUAGUCGAUCUAAGGGCUUUCUUCAUAAUAAUCGUCAUCCAGAAGAAGAUUCAAGGAAGAAGCUGGAGAUGGCGGAUAUGGAGUAUGUGAGACAAGUGGAAUUAACGAAUAAGAUACACUCGGAUUUAUUCCAUGCGGAGAGACCUCAGAGUGUCAAGGCAUUGAGAGAUUUGAUACUGGAAUGCGAUGCCGGGCUGAGUUUGCAAUUGCAAAAGUUUGUUGCUCUGAACGAGUCAUUUGCACUUAACAAUGGACGCGCAGUGAGCGGUAACGGAGGUGAAAGUGACCUUCGAAAGGCACUGCUGGCUGUCGAUGAUGAAGCGGAUAUGAACGGGUUUAUCAUGGAAUUUGCUUCAAAGUCGCCACCACAACAGGUUGGAAUGAUGAAGUUCGAAGUUCAGAAGCAUCCCAUAUUCCCCCUCCCGCCAAUGCAGCAACAACAGCCUGAGCCGCAGCCUCAGCCGGUCAUUAGUCCGCAGCAGCAUUAUGCUGGGGGAGGCCCGCCUGGAGUUACAAUGUCUAAUGACGCACCUAGACCCCCACCUAAUGCCGGAAAACCGUCCUCCAGCGUAAUCCCUGAACGAAAACCAAUUAAACCAGUAUUUGGGGUUCCAUUGGAAGUCCUCUUACAGCGUGAUGGGAACGCCGUUCCGAUUGUCGUGAUCCAGUGCAUGACUGCUGUAGAACUCUAUGGCUUGAACAUCGAAGGCAUCUACCGACAAGCCGGAGCUACCACCUCUAUUCAAAAGAUCAAGGCACUGUUUGACAACGACCCUAGUAGGGUGGAUUUUCGCAAUCUGGACCAAUUCUUCCACGACGUCAACAGUGUGGCAUCCACUCUAAAGCAAUUUUUCAGAGACCUACCUGAUCCUCUCUUAACAUACGGCCUCUACGACGAAUUUAUUGAAGCAGCUAAAAUCGAUGAUGACAAUGUCCGCCGCGACUCCCUCCAUGCCCUAAUCAACCGGCUCCCAGAUGCUCACUACGCCACAGUUCGGGCCCUUGUUCUCCAUCUCAGCCGCGUGAUGCAAUACUCUACCCAGAACAAGAUGAACUCAUGGAAUCUGUCCAUCUGCUUCGGCCCGACUUUGAUGAGUGCACGAACAGAGGAUUUGAAGAACACGAACUGGCAGCAUAGAGCAUUGGAUACGAUAUUGAGGAAUGCAUUGGAUAUUUUCGACGAGGAUUAA